AUGUAUUUUGAGAUCGAAAAUACUCCGGAGCACAUACGUAGGGCUCGUCGGACGGAGGUGGUGAAAAAGGAGUCGCCAAAAGAAGAAACGCCUCGGCUGGUAUUGGCCCCGUUUUCAAGACCUCCUCAAGUUGUCUUCGAAAAUGUUUUAAUUGGGACCACUUGUGAGAGAGAUUUGGAGAUUUUCAACCCUUCAAAGCAGUUGCAACGGAUAACGUUGGGACGAACCCUGCCCCCUGGUGUAAUAAUACAUUUGCCGGGAGAAUGGCUGACUCUGGAUCCAGAAAUGUGCUAUAGCCUUAGUAUGUCAUGGACUCCAAUGCAGCCUACUGCUCUUCGAGAGACUAUUCGCUUCACUGAUGACAAACGUGGCCGGUUUGAUGUCAUUGUCGUGCUCAAGUCAACUAUGAAUGUCAAGGGGAAAAACCAAUCCAAAAGCUUUAAAAUAUCGCCAGGUAAAAUUAAAAAGAAAUCUGCUAAGAGGUCCCCUGUGGCCAUUUGCAAAAAGAAAGCUGAAAUAAUAUACAAAACUACAAAUAUAAAAAAGACUGUUAAUGUUGUUCAGUCCACUCAUUAUAAUGUUCUGAAAACAUCAAAUAAAGAAAAUGUGGCAAAUUUCAAUGAUUACUCUAUGAACUCUGGACAUGUUAAGUGUCCAUUUGAUUCACCAAGCAGCAUUGACUUUAAUUUUGACACAUCUGAAGUAUUUUCAAACAUUAGAAAAACUAAAACUGAAAACAUUCUCUAUAACACAUACGAUAAAUCAUAUAAUUCUGUGAACCAACUUCCUGUACCGAUACCUCAAAAUGUGCUGAAGCCUAAUAACAAACAAAUAAACAAUGACUCUGCUACAGACUUAUUUGACAAUCUAACUUUUACACCUCUGAAAGUUUUAAAUGAGAAGAGCGAAAAGUUAGAUAAAGGACCUAGGAUCAUUCUUAGCAUUAAUUCGGAGAGUGAUUUGGAUGAUAGUCUGGACAUGAAGACUACAAAUAAAGAAAAUAAAACACAUGCUAUAAUUUGCGUUUCAUCUGCUCAACAAAACACUUAUUCGACUGUAAAUUAUCAAACCAAUGCACAAAUAGACAAUCAGUACAUAGAAACACCAGUCUUACAGAACAAGAAAAUUCCUAACACUUCAUCUCCAAAGGAACUUAAUAGCCCAAAUUUCUCAAUAAAUACAGACUUUUCACGUAUUAGCGAAUUAUCUUUUGUUCCUCAAAGAUUUUCUACAGAAAGAAAAAUAUUUCCAAAGGUUAAUGUUGAACCUGCUGAAAUUUUUGAUGAUCUGAAUUUCAGGCCUAACUCAGAUACUUAUACUAAAGAUUCUCCCAAUACUCCAAUGGAAAUUGAGCAGAUGCGUUUUGAAAAUAGACCACCACAUUACUUCCUGAAAGAUCAACCUAAGAUAUGCAGGCAGGCUCUUUUCAGAGACAGUCAUUACAAGGAUCUUUACGAUAAAGUUAACUUCCAGUCUUCUGAGAACAGUGCUUGGCCUAGUGAUCUCAAACCUGAUAUCAAAUCUCCUCCGCAUUCAGUUACUCCACCGCUGCAAUCAAUUCCUGAAGAGAGCACACAAUACUCAGACACUCAAGUCUUCGAUAAAACUGAUAAACAAAUGGCCACAUUUACCAUCAACCGCACAUUUGAUAAACUACCAGAUAGACCCUCUCUGUCUACUAGUCGUAGACAAACGUGGUCAAAAAAGGACGUUAGAGCUGAACCAGAGCUUUGGAAGGUCCCAACUUCAGUUCCUAAAAAAUGCUUAAAACCCAAAGGGAGCAUUAAUUCUAAGGCAUCUCUGGGUGGCAAAAUAUCUAUUACGCUUGAGGGUAAUAAGAGCGUAAACCAAAAUGUAAGUUUGAACCAACUGGGAAAUAUUUACUCUCAAUCUACCACAGUGGAUCCAUUCCUUUCGGCUACUUAUUUCUAUGAUGAAGAAGCAGUUCAAAAGUUGGAAAAGGACUUUAUGAAAUGGCUAAAUUGUAUAUUGACGCCUCCUGCAGACCUAGACAGUAACGUAGAACAGAAAGUAGACGUAGGAAAGGCAUGGUUAGAAAACAGAAAUAAGGACGUGCCAGCAGCGCCAACAAGAGAACAAGUGUCUAAUGCGUACCACAACAGCCAUCGAUUAGAGAGUCUUCGGAGAGCUGCAAGGGCACUUUUGAUGAGUCCAGAAAUUGUAGUGGUCUUCAAGAAACUCACUGCUCAGAUAGAAAAGAAAUUAAUCGCCGUCAGAUCUGACAAAAAUCUUCACUUGGAUGUUGGGUUGCAGAAAACUAUAUUGGAAUUGCUUCUUUGUUAUAACCCUCUGUGGCUCCGUAUAGGACUGGAAGUCAUUUACGGACUGGUAUUACCUCUCAGGUCUAAUAGUGAUAUCGAGGGAUUGACAACAUUUAUUGUACAAAGAAUGUUUAAAAAUCCUUUCCUCAAAAACAAAAAUUCAAAAUCUGGUGUACCAAACAUGCUGCUACCAGCUUACAUGGAAGCCAUUAAAAAGUUUACUCUGAAGAAAUUUUUCAUGCUCGUUUUUUUUCUAGACCAGGCUAAGCAGAGGAAAUUAAUACCUCACGAUCCGUGUCUUUUCUGCAGAAAUGCUAUUUGUAAAGAAAGUAGAGAAAUAAUAAUACGUUUCACGAGAGAAUUGAUCUCGGGUAUAGGAGACAUUACUAAACAUUUGCGUCCGCUUGGCUACGUUGUCAGUCACAAACAAUCUUAUUUGGACGAAUACAAAUAUGCAGUCCAUAAUAUUGCGUUAGAUAUCAGAGACGGCGUUCGCUUGACGAAAGUCAUGGAAAUAAUCCUAAUGAAAAAUGGCCUCCUGAACCAAUUGCGCACACCUCCAAUUUCAAGACUUCAAAAAAUUCACAACAUUCAAGUUGCAAUGAACGCUUUGAAAGAAACUAAUUUUAUGAUCAACGGAGAUAUAUCAGCGCAAGAUAUAGCGGAUGGUCAUCGAGAAAAGACCCUAUCACUAUUAUGGCAAUUAAUCCAUGUAUUCCGAGCUCCACUGUUUGUGAAAGCUGCUACGCUCAUUCAAACGUGGUGGAGGAAAAAAUAUGAAAUAAUUGUAGGAAAACGGAAGGAGGAAGAAAUGAUAAAACAGAAAUUGAACAAUGCUGCAAGUGUGAUCCAGUGUUGGUGGCGUCGAAUUCAAUACAAUCGUUUGGUCGAAUGGCAAAUGAAGCAAAUUGUCACAGCGACGAUAAUAGUCCAGAAAUACUGCAGAAUGUGGAUCAAUCGAACGCGAUUCCGAAAGUGGAAGACUUCUGUGCUAAAAAUAGAGGAAUGGUGUCGAUCAGUAAAACUAAAGAAAGCCGCCAAGGAUCAGUUACAGAUGCUGAGAUUGCAAAGAGAAGAAUUAAAACAGAAAUCUGUCACUAUUAUACAGAGCCACAUCAGACGUUGGUUGUGUGUAAAACAGUACAAAGCAAAGGUGCAGAAAAUUGUUCUACUUCAGAGUAUCACUCGUUGCGUCCUGGUUAGAAAAUGGUAUCUGCAACUUCGAAAAUCAGUAGUGUACGUUCAAAGAAUAUACAGGGCUAAGUUGCUAAUGAAAGCAGAAAUGCAGACGUUCUCAAAAAAACUAAAUAGCGUUAUUGUACUACAGUCCUAUUACAAAAUGAUGAAACAGCGAAAGUCAUUCAUGAAACUGAAAGAAUCUGUAAAAGUUAUUGAAGAACACUAUAAGGCUUUGUUAAAGAUGAGGGAACAGCAAAAGAAAUAUACAGAGUUAAAGAAGCACACUCUUACUUUACAAUCGCGUUAUAGAGGACGUCAGUGCCGACGGGAAUUUCUCAGACAAAAACUGUUAAUUAUAAAAUUGCAGCAACGCAUCAAAGCUUACCUUCAAAUGAAGAGAGAAGAACAGAACUUCUUGAAUCUUAAACAUGCUGUCGUUAGUCUACAAAGACGCACAAGAUCGUAUUUAGAAAUGAAGCGUUUGCGAGAAGCCUACAUUAAGCAAAGGAAUUCUGCUGUUCUGAUCCAACAACAUUUGCGGGCGUAUAGAAUUGGAAGAGCUCAAAGAAAAAUGUAUUUACAAAUACGAUUUGCAGCUAUUGUUGUGCAAACACGUUACAGAAACUUGUUACUGAUGCGUCAAGAAAAGUCAGCUUUCUUGAAUUUAAAAAAAGCAGCUUUGGUACUACAGAGAAGAUAUAGGGCGCUAAAUAUGAUGAGACUUGCUUCAGAAAGUUAUCAAAAAUUAAGAUCCGCAACCUUAACAGUGCAGAGAAGAUUUAGAGCACAAAUGAAAAUGAGGCAUGAAAAGACUCAUUACUUAAAAUUUAAAUCAGCGUCUAUAGUGAUUCAGAAAGCGUAUAGAGCCUACUUGUUAGGUAAACAAGAAAAGCAACGUUUUAUGAAAAUGAAAGAAGCAUCCAUAAUUAUUCAAAAUUGGUUUCGAAACUGUAAAAUUGCGAAACAAUUCAAACAAGAAUAUCUUCAAUCUAAACAGGCUUGCGUGACAAUACAGAGGGUGUAUAGAGCUUACAUCAUAGGGAGACAACAACAACAAGAAUACAUCAAAAUUAGAACUGCCACAGUGUGUAUUCAGAGAUAUUAUAGGUCGUACGUAGAGAUGAAAAUUGUUAGAAAUCAAUUCAUUCAACUAAAAACCGCCACUGUAACCAUUCAGAGACAUUUCAGGUCACACCUGGUAACUAAAAAACAACAUGAUGAAUACCAAAAGAUUCGGUCUGCCGCUCAGACAAUACAGAAAUUUUAUAGACUAAAUAGAGAAAUGAAAAUAAUGAAACAAAAGUACUAUGAACUGAAGAAAACCGCUAUUAUUGUACAGCGGAAGUAUAGAAGCAUACUUGUUAUGAGAGCUGAAAGAGCGGAAUAUCAAGCACUGCGGAAUUCCGUAAUUACAAUACAGCAGAGAUUUAGAGCGUUACUUGCAAUGCAGCGACAAAGACAAACCUACGCGAAGUUGCGUGCUGCAAUAAUUACUAUUCAAACUAGGUACAGAGCACAACGUCUAAUGAGAAAAGAGAGACAGAAGUACAUUUUGAUAUCAAAAGCGUCAACAACCAUUCAGACAUUUUAUAGGGCUUACGUGACAGGCAAAAUUCAAAGGGAAAAUUACCAGACAUUGAAAAAGUCUAUAAUAAGAUUACAGCAGAGAUAUAGGGCAUUACUUGCGAUGAGAAAAGAGAGGAAAUCAUUCUUAACCGUAUAUAAAGCUGCUAUUAGUAUUCAAAGAAGGUUCAGAGCGCAAAAACUUAUGUUGAAAGAGAAGUCUAAAUAUCAAAAGGUUCUUAAUGCUACUAUAACUAUUCAGAGGGGUUACAGAGCUUACAAAGAGGGAGAAACGCAACGGGCUAAAUUUAUGAGGAUGAGAAGUGCUGCCAUAUUUAUCCAAACUUGGUUUAGAUCCGUUGAAGAAACUAAAAGAAUUAGAGAUGAAUAUCGGCAACUUAGAAAGGCAGUCUUAUUCACUCAAAGACGUUUCAGAGCGAAUGUGCUGACUCGUGAGAUACGACGAGAAAAUGCUGUUAAAAAAAUACAGUCAUGGUACAGAUCAAUACAAAAGCGAAAUUAUUGUCGCCAUCAAUUCUUGGAACUGAAGAAAAGUGCUGUUACGGUACAAUCCAUAUUCCGAAUGUUUCUGCAACGUAAACGGUUUCUUUCUUUGAAAAAUGCAGCUUUAACUAUACAAAUGCAUUAUCAUGUGUAUAAAUUAAGCAAAGCCCAAAGAGUAAAGUACGUCCAACUGAGAUUGGCAAUAAUAAAGUUGCAGUCUCUCGUCAGAUCAUACAUAGAAAGAAAGCGUUAUCUUGCAAUUCGAUCCGCUGUCAUAGCAAUACAGGCUGCGUUUAGAUUAAAUAAAGAAAGGCAACAGACGAAAGAACGUAGAGAAAGAGCGGCCAUUUGUAUUCAGAAGAAUUUCAGACGAUAUGUAAAACAAUCGUGGUAUCUUAAAUAUCGCGAGCAAGUUUUGUAUAUACAGAGAAUAUGGAGAAGUAAACUAGUGACACGAUUGAUUCGUUGUGAAUUUGUACAAAAGAGAAGGAUAAUAAUACAGUUGCAAGCCGCUAUCAGAGGGUAUUUGGUUCGACGCUAUAUUCAAUGCAAAAGGCAGGAGAUAGAGAAACUAAGACAAGAACAAAAACGACAUAAUGCUGCUUCUGUUAUUCAGGCUUAUUAUCGCGGUCACAAAAUUCGCAGUGUUGUGAUUACUGAUAGACGAGUGACAGAGAUAAGACGCAGGUGGCGCGAAGGGGCACUCAAGUCGACGCAGGAGAGUUUGAAGGAGCGCAACGAGGAAGCCAUGGAGGUUCUUCGGAAUUUCUCUGAUAUUUUUACUGUUAUCAAAGCUUUCCGGUCUCUUGAAUUAUUGACAGAAGUAUUCCCAAUGAUGUACACCAGCAAUGCACCGUCCAUUGUUCGUCGUGUUUACAUCUACAUGUCCACCGCAAAUAGAUCUAUCUCCAGCAUUGAAGUGUUGAAAUCGGCUGCAGCCGUAUUGGUAAAUCUGACUCGAUAUCGUAUUACUGGACCUAAGAUAUAUUCCAGAGAAAAUAUUCUGCCAAUUCUAAGAUUCAUGCGUCGUUUUAGUAACAGUCAGACGUACUUGUUCUGCAUUAUGUGCACUUAUCUAUGGCUGUUCUCCAAGUACGACGAAGUUAAAGAGGAUUUAACACAAUUCUUUAAAGAGCCAGACAAUUUAAAAAUGCUGUCGACAAUCAAAAGCGACGUUGAAAGAGCAAAACGAAUGGCGAGCAACUCCAGAAACAAGUUUCAUACGCCACAAGUAUCAAAGUUUGUCUCUCAUACAAAGAAACUUGAUAUGAACUACAGUGUUUGUUCAAAUUUAAGCCUUUGUUCUAAUAGAGGUGAUUGUUUAGUCCUGCCUGCAUUGGAGCCCGACUAUGGCAUCACAAGGGAUGACAAACCUAAGUACUUUCAGGAUACCUAUCAAGCUAUAACUUGCCUAUAUAACACCUACGACUUAUGAAUUCUUAGUAGUGAAAGAUAUUUUUGACUUAGUUUAGAAUAGCAUUACUAUACUAAUUGAUAUCACAUAAUAGUAGGUAAGUACUAUAAUUUUUUAAUACAAGUUAAUAUGUUUUUUAAUGUAACCUAAUGUAAUUUGAUAUAUAUGUAAUUUUUAUUAUUGUUAUCAUAUAGUUAAUUUUAAAAUUACAAUAACUUUCUUAUCUUUUUCUUACAUUUUUGUUUUCUUAGACUCGGCGUCCUGUCCAUAGACAGACUUGCACGUACCAUAAAACGACUAAAAUAAAUUAAUAAUCUGUGGUCACGUCUACAUUAUCUAUGGAAUUUGACAAGCAGUGAACAUUGAGGUUAUGUUUAUUAUUGGCGGAAAUCUUGAUGUUCUCAAGAAAGUAAUCCAAAACAUGAUGGACGAGUUCGUUAACUACUUGCUAUUACUAUUAGUGAUACUACCAGUUGUUUUGUUUAUUAAUUUGUGGGCUGGUAUCGGCUGGGAGCUUUUUGUAAAUAACUGAAAAGAAUUCAAUGAAGAUUUCAAGUCAUUCCAUAUAAUUACGUAAAAUGGCUCUGCUGGGGACAAGACUUUCCAAAUGAAGAGCAUUCAUUGAAAUAGGGACUCAAACUCUAAACACCAGGAUUGCAGUAAAGCUGCUAUUUGGUCAAUAGAGUUUUAUAUCUUUAGUUACUUAUACAAAGAGAAUUAUAUCGAGAAGAUUCCGUAUUUUUAGGAUUAUUAAAUUUUAAGUCACUCCAAU